AUGGAUGCGAGCGAGAUGGCGAUUGUGAGAAAGGUGAAAAGUGCCGUGGUGCCCAACGUAUCAAAGGCAAAGCCAAAGGAUAAGUGGCCAUGUCACAGGUCCAACGUAUACCACGCCUACCAAAUAAUCAAAUCCCAUGGCAUACCCGACACAAACAUCGUGGUCAUGCACUACGAUGACCUGGCUAACAACAAGGCAAACCCUACACCCGGUAUUGUGAUUAACGUACCCAACGGUCCCGAUGUCUACAAGGGUGUGCCCAAAGAUUAUACUGGCGCUGAUGUUAACCCCUUGAACUUUUUGGCGGUCCUGAGAGGUGACCCCAUAUUAGCCCGCAAUCACAAAAAGGUUAUCAAAAGUGGACCCAACGAUCACAUCUAUGUCUACUUCAUUGACCAUGGAGCACCGGAUUUAAUCGCAUUCCCCACCCAAUACCUAUACGGCGAGGAGUUGAACGCCCAGUUCAAGCAAAUGUACCAGGACAAAAAGUACGCCAAAUUGUUGAACGCCCAGUUCAAGCAAAUGUACCAGGACAAAAAGUACGCCAAAUUGGUGAUCAACAUUGAGGCAUGUAACUCUGGCUCUAUGUUUGAGAAACUGUUGCCAAAUGACAUCAAUGUCUAUACGACCACAUCGGCCAACCCUCAGGAGUCUAGUUAUGCCAAGGACUAUGACUCUAAACUAAAAACAUACCUGGGUGAUUAUUACAGCGGUGCCUGGUUACAGGUGAUCGAGAAAGAGGACCUCAACGUUGAGACCCUGGAUCAAUCAUAUAAAUACACCGUAACCUCCCAGAAUAUUCGUAACGUUCCCAUAGCUUUAGCCGAGAAGUUGAUUGAGUCGACGGAGGAUAUCAAUGAGAAGCAACGAUAUGUGACUGAAUUGCAGCGCCUAUUAAGCGGCCGCCAAUAUAUGGACAAACAUUUCGCUGAUUUCGUUAAUAGUAUUAAACAUUUAAUUGACACCAAAAACAUUGAUGUACUUAACGGACAGGAAAGUCUCAAUAACAGGGAGUGCUAUCGAAAGUUUGUGGACAUUUUCAAUGAGAAGUGCUUCAAUAUUAACCAGAAUACCUAUGCGUUUGGAAAACUGCAAACAUUUGUGAAUAUUUGCGAGAAUCUGAUUGAACCGAGUUAUGUGGACAACGCGGUUGAGCACCUGGCAAAUGUGUACCACGCGUACCAAAUAGUCAAAUCGCAUGGCAUACCACAGAAAAAUAUUAUCGUUUUCCACUACGAUGACCUCGCUUAUAAUAAGGUUAACCCUACACCCGGUAUCGUAGUCAACACACUCGACGGUCCCGAUGUCUAUCACGGAGUACCCAAGGAUUAUACCGGACAUGAGGUCAACCCAAUGAACUUUGUGGGCGUACUUAAGGGCGAUAAGACACUAAAGAAAAAUAACAAAAAGGUAUUGGAAAGUGGACCCAAUGACCAUGUUUAUAUCUAUUUCAUUGACCAUGGUGAUGAUGAUGUAAUACUGUUCCCUACGGAGUAUUUAUAUGGGGAGGAGCUGAAUGAGGCCCUCAAAUAUAUGCACCAAAACCACAUGUUUGCCAAAUUGGUGUUUAAUAUGGAAACGUGUCACUCAGGCUCAAUGUUUGAAAAGUUGCUACCGAAAGAUAUCAAUGUUUACGUGACAACAUCAACUAAACCCGAUGAAUUGAGCUAUGUGACCUACUAUGAUAAACUCCGAAAGACCUACCUUGGUGACUAUUAUAGCGGUGCUUGGUUAGAAAACAGUGAAACCCAAGAUUUGGAUAAAGAGACUUUACAAGCUCAGUUUGAGUACCUUAGCAAAAAUGUGACCACCUCUACACCGCAGCAAUAUGGCGAUGUUUCAAUUGCUAAAUUACCAGUGUCACAAUUCUUUGGUAAUAAGCCCACAGGUUAUAUACCAAGUAAACAGGUAUAUAAUAAUGAUGCUGAAAGGGAGGUGGUUAACCCUCGAGAUAUACCGGUGCUAUUGGCACAGAAAAAUAUUGCCUCUACUAAUGAUAUCAAUGAGAAACAAAAGUAUGCGAAAGAGUUGGAGACUAUACUGAAAGGUCGCGAAUACGUGGAUAACGUGUUCAAUGAAUACGUGAAUAGUUUCCAGUGUGACUCACUUAACGUGGUGGAAAACAGGGAGAAAUUCAACAAGGUUAUAGAGAGAAAGGAUAUAAUCGGGGUUAAAUUACCCGAUACUCAGGAGGCUAUGGAUAAGUAUUGUGCGGAGGAGCCAUACGUGACCUCAACGUUAGGGUUCACCAUGGCAUUUGUGGUGCAGAGCAUCCAGUGGGUGGUACCCUAUAAGGACUCUACGAAAGCCCACGCCGUGAGCGGCAUUAAAUAA